AUGCCCAAUCAGGUAGUGCUUGAUGUGGCUCAGUUUCAGCAGAUCCUGCAGACCAUGCAGGGGCAAAGUCAGGCUGUUCUUGCAGCGGCAGGUGCGGCGAGCACGAGUAGGAGCUCAGGGACGCAGGGCUUUAGUGAUGCGAACCGCAUAUUGAAUAGGCCCGCAUGCUUUGGGAGCACCUCGCAUGACAGUGACUUAGGGUCGUGGCUUGAUUGGGCGCAUGCCUUCAAGGCCUGGCUAAUCUUUGCUGACCCGCAGUAUGAAAUUGAGCUUCAGGCAAUCGAGUCAAAUCUUGAUGUAGAGAACCCCACCAUGCCAGCUGAAACAGCAGAGCGGUCGCGUCGCUUGUAUGCAAUACUGAGCAGCCUGCUGCAGCACAAGCCGAAGAUGCUGUUACGACAAGUGCCGGACCGCAACGGCUAUGAGACCUGGCGGCAACUGGUCAACAUCUACGCACCGCGAUCGAAAGUGCGAGGACUUGCAUUGCUGAAUGCCAUCAUGUCGUUUCCCCCGUUUGUGAAAAGCAAAACGACCAGGGAGCAGGUUGAUGGUUUGGACCGCCUUGCCCAGGAAUAUGAAAGGGUCUCAGGAACGGCUGUGAAUGCCGAUAUUCUCCUUGGGACUUUACUUCGGGUUUUGCCGGCACACUUGAGAAACCACAUUCAGCUUCAGAUGAAGAGUGACACCAGCUAUGAGCAGGUCAAGCAGUUCAUCCUGACAUAUGAAGUGACGACCAGCAACUGGUCGGCGUCCAAAGUGCAGCAAAGCUUAGGCAUAGGCCCUUCGGGUGACCCUAGUGCCAGUGAUCCCGCACCCAUGGAUGUAGAUCGGGCGGCAAGGGUGAUGGUCGUGGAAAAGGUGGUCGAACUCCUCUAA